UCGCUUGCUUGCUUGCUCUCUAGUAUUUCUGAUGAUUACUAGCAGCAAAACUAUUGCUUUGCCCACACUACUUAUCAAGAAUUCCACUCUAAGUUGAAAGAAGGUACUAGAGAAUUUGACGGCUGAGUUGAUUCUCUGAUCAUUAGAAGACAGGUGAGCUAGUCGAUCCAGUUUUCAAAGAUUAUUUACUCGGGUGCGUGAAGUCUGGACUGGACAGAUUGGUCCUGGCAUCAAUUACUGGUAUAUUGCUCAUCUUCCUUGUGAUUGUCAAUGCAAUCUUUAGGCUGCAUUAGCAGAGUAAAUAGUGGAUACAAAAAGUUAUGGGAUGCCUGGUAUCAACACCGAAGGAUACUGGUGGAAACCGAAGGCGGCCUGGAAAUAUUGGAGAAGUUUCUGUGUUUGUUCCUGGAUUGCGGAUACCAAAGGCUGUGGAUUUCUCUCAAGCACUUGGUGACUACUUGUCCAAAAGCUUAGUGGAGCGCCUUUCUGCCCUUAGAACUAGAAUAGUUGUCAUGGCUGGCCAAGAAGCUCCUACAAUUACAAGAACAAGAAGGAGAACUGCCACUCAGCAUGGAGGUUCUACACUGGCUGAUCUUCUGCAGGCUCUUGAAGAUUAUUUGCCAGUGCUUUUGGGAUUAGUCAAAGAUGGAAGUCCAUUACAGCACAAAGUGCAGUUUGUUUGGAUCAAUCAGGAGGAUGACGAUGAGGAAACAGCAAUGCAUAGCGCUUGGUAUGAAGUAUUGUCAGUUUUGCACUUGAUGGCAAUGCUGUCACUAUCUCAAGCCAAUUUGCUGCUUCUGCCGAGGAUUUCAGCAGAUGGUUAUCAGCCAAAGGUAUCAGAAGAGAGCAGACGAUGUUGUAUUGAUGUCUUCCUAAAAGCAGCCGGAUAUCUUGAUUGUGCUGUUCGACAAGUUCUCCCACAGUUUCCCAGUGAAUUGAGGAGAAAAUUACCAGUAGACCUUGCAGAAGGAGUUUUACGAGCACUUUGCCUUCAAGCAUUAGGACAGGGGGUUGAUAUCCAACUUGGACUUGCAAUUGAUAGCACUAAGGCCACCCUGGCAGUAAAGCGAAGGCUUGCAUGUGAGAUGGUGAAAUAUUGGCAGCAGGCUCAAGAUAAUUUAAUGAAUCUUCCAUUAUCAAAUGGCUGGGGAGAAAAGCAUAGACUUUUCACUAAAUGGAAGUAUAUUGAGGCGAAGGCUGCAGCUUACUAUUACCAUGGUCUGAUUCUUGAUGAGGGUAACACAGAAAAAUCUCAUGGAAUGGCAGUGGCUGCUCUGCAAGCAGCGGACGAGUAUCUGAAAGAAAGUAAAAAGGCAUGUGAAGCUUUUAACCUUGCAAUACCUCUAUCUAGAAAUCCACCUCUUUGGGGAACCAUGAAAUUCCUCUCUGAGAAAAUUCCAAAGGAUACUUCUAGCAAGGUGCGAAUCAACAGGGAUCUGUAUUCCCAUGAGAAAAUCAUGGAGACAGCGCCAACGCUACCUGAUUUUGCUUUGGCCCUCAAACCUGAAGAGUAUGGGCUACCAAUUGUGGAUCCUUCAUGGAACGAAGAGAAUACAAAUAACGGGUAAUUCCGCCCCAAAAAGCUUAGAAGGUGAUUUAAAACACAACGAAUUCAUGAGAUAGCAGAUUCCCAGGCAGACUGGUUAAAGAACACUACCUGGCCAUGAUUGACCCGUUGAAGAAUUAUCUACUUGCUGUUUUUCUGGCAUGCUCGUCUUUCUUUUCCUACUUUCUUGGGCUUCUUUUCUCUGCUUUUGCCUUGGUGAAUCUUCCAAUCCCUUUCCCGCAUGAUUCAUCGUUGACCUGAUGACGGAGACUUGUACAAAGUAAAUUUUGUGUGUAGUCUCCUAAUUUCUGGAGAAGGGAAUUUUUUCUUUGCCAACUUACCAAAUAAUUGGUAUGCUUCUGUUCAAAAGAAGUGAAGGUAGAAUCUGAAAUUGUUAAUAGAAAACCUCUGUGUAGAAGUCCUUGUUAUGUGUAAAAGGUGAUGAAUAUAUGGGGAAAAAUUUGAUACAUUAUAAAAAUCGUCUUUCUUUAUAAAAGCAACAAAUGGUUGCAUACAA